CUGGUCGCAAAAGCAAACCUAGCAGUGGAAGCCAUGGAAAAAGAAGAAACUGACAUACCACAGAACAUCAAGUUCAUCUCAGCCAGACGCCUCCCCCAUGGAGGCGUAUUAUAUGAACUAGACUCAGCAGAAUCAGCUUCCUGGCUCAACAACCCACCAAACCGCAGCAAAUUCCUCGAAGGUUUCGGAAUUGAAGUCGUACUCAGAGACAGAGCGUACCAUGUCAUAGUGGAGAACGUGCCGAUAAACUUCGUGCCAGAACAA